AAUUUAACACUUGUUGGAUAGAAGAAUUGUAGAACAAUCCCAAGGACAAGGCACGGUUGAUCCGAAGCGGGGAGGGGCCAUGGUUUCGCUUCAUCCACUAGUGUGUCCUUUGUCGGUUUCCUCUUCAUCCUCUGGUUUUCUUAGCGGCUCUCUUUGUUUUCGCCGCUUCCUCUCCGUAAGUUCUGCCCGGAAACAAAGAAGCAGCUUCAAACCGGAGCACUCUUCUUUCUUCUGCAAUGCUUCGUGGCAAGAGCUUGCGGGAGUUUUACUUUUCUCAGCGGUUCCUUUUACUGUCGUGAAAGCUAUAGCUAAUAGUCCGCUAGGAGAGUCGCUUCAGAGGAAAAUGGAGGAGAGAAAGAAAUUUGCUGUAGAAAACUCGUCUAAAUUCAAGGCCGCAGCCGAGGAGGCCAGAAAGCAUAGCUUUUGGUAUGGAGAAGAUCGGCCUCGUUGGCUUGGUCCUAUUUCAUAUGACUACCCAUCAUAUCUUACUGGGGAACUGCCUGGGGAUUAUGGCUUUAACAUUGCUGGGAUUGGCAAGGAUCCUGUGGCACUGCAGAAAUACUUCAACUUUGAGAUAUUGCAUGCUCGGUGGGCUAUGCUUGCAUCAGUUGGUGCUCUGCUUCCUGAAAUAUUAGACCUAUUGGGAGCCUUUCACUUUGUAGAACCUGUUUGGUGGCGUGUUGGUUAUUCAAAGCUCAAGGGAGAUACUCUAGAUUACCUUGGCAUCGAAGGUCUUCACUUUGCUGGAAGUCAAGGUGUGGUCGUGAUUGCUAUUUGCCAAGCACUACUUAUGGUUGGACCAGAAUAUGCUAGAUAUUGUGGGACUGCGGCGUUGGAGCCUUUAGGAAUAUAUCUGCCUGGUGAUAUAAAUUAUCCUGGAGGUGUUUUGUUUGAUCCCUUGAAUCUGUCCAAAGAUCCUGAAGCUUUUGAAGAGCUGAAGGUGAAAGAAAUAAAGAAUGGACGCUUAGCAAUGGUUGCCUGGUUAGGCUUUUAUGUGCAAGCAGCUAUGACGGGUAAAGGUCCGGUACAGAACCUUAUUGAUCACGUCUCUGAUCCUUUCCACGACAACUUGCUGAACUCCCUCAACCUCGUGAAAGUAUUCAUGUAAUACUAUAGGAAUUUACGGGUAUUCGGUUGCUCUUUUACAAAUUUUGCUGAGGGAAUUCAGGUCAGAAUGGUAUAGCUAUGGACCCUUCACAGCCAAUAGUCAAAUCUGAAUAUAAAAGAAACUAUUUUUAUUUUUUUGCCUGAUACUAUCUAGUUUUGGACAAAAUACUUAUGACAUAUAUCGGAUUCGGAUGCGUGCUACUUAACUUACGUGAGUGAUGAGUAGGAUUCAGUUAGGGUUAGGGUGGCACUUGCUUAAUGGUUUU